AAACGCGCGCAUUUUUCAACGAAAUAAUAUGCAGCGAUUUUAAAAAGAACCUCCUCCUUUUUUGAAGUCGGUUAAAUUAAACAUGUGAGAGCUAAAGUGGUUUUGAUUGAAAACGAUUUUUAGUGAAAUCUUUUGGGUGAUUUAGUGUGAAAUUUGGUGAUUUAGUGAAAUAAGAAAAAAAAGUGUUUUUGAAUUUAGUGGGUGGUGAAAAGAAUCUAAACUAUUGAUUUAUUCUAGAGUUUUUGUGUGAUGUGAGUGUUUUUGUAAUUUCAAUUGAUUUGCUAUCAAUUGACGACUGUUUUUUUAGAAAUUCGUGAGAUGUCAAGCUACGGCAGCAUGUCCCCCUCGGACGAAGGGUUUGACCGCUACGAGCCUGCCUUCUACUGCCAGCCCUCGCACUUAGGCAGCCCGAUGGACGGGGGAGUAUAUUGGCCGGCCACCAACGGAGAAGGCCACGAGUUCGAGCCCCAGGACACACAUUAUGACAACACGCAUUACAUCAGCAGGAAUUACAGUUACGAAGACAUGCAAAUGAAUGGAAACGAACCCUACGACACCUACCCUCAUCCCAUGCAUCAUGCGUACGCCACGAAUGGACCAGCCCUAGACUGCGAUAUGCAGCCUCUACCGCUCCGCUACGAGCGUCCAGCACCAUCUUUUGUCCGCGUGGUCAAACGUCGAAGCACAGCCAAUAAGAAAGAGCGCAGGCGCACCCAAAGCAUCAACACUGCGUUCUCGGAUCUACGGGAGUGUAUACCGAACGUGCCGCCUGAUACUAAGCUGUCCAAGCCGGGCUCGAAUAAGGAGCGGAAACGAAACCAGAGCAUCAACACCGCAUUCACAGACCUGCGCGGGCGCAUCCCGAACGUGCCGGCCGACACUAAGUUAUCUAAGAUCAAGACCCUCAGACUGGCCACUUCCUACAUCUCGUAUCUCCUGAAGGUGCUGGAGACGGAUGGCGAGCCGGCAGGAGGGUUCAGAGCAGAGCUGCACCACACGCCUCCGAGGAGGAGGAAUGCUGACAAUGUACAGAACGCGACAGCUGAGAAGAGAGGGAAGGGCCGCACUGGGUGGCCGCAGCAUGUUUGGGCUCUAGAACUUAAGAGCGAACAGAACUUGCAAACAUAGAAUGACAACUGGGGCAUUUUACUAGAAUAUUGUUAAUGUUACGUUGGUCCUUCGAGCCGGAUAACGAUAUUAGAGAGACGGGAGUAACACCCGUAUUCACAAACGAUGCCUGCUUAAGUGAAGCAGCAAAUCGAACGCACAGCGUUUAAUAGAGCUCUGAUUAAUUCGUGUGUCACCGUGUGCGUCCACGCGCACUGUGAUACCUCAUAGUAAUGUUUGUGAAUACGGGCGUAAGACUCAUGGAUAAGGGUUAAAGAGUCAUUUCAAUAUAGACCAAUCAUAAAGGACAUGUCUUGUAACGUGUUAUAUUAAAUAAGUAGCAAAUUUUAAAAUAAUUUAUUGUUAAAAAAUAAUUUAAGCCACAAUAAAUUAGCUUUAUUUUACGUCAAAAACUGUCAUUCGCAUGAUCGAACGAAUCACAAUUACCUAUAUUUACACACAAUUACCACGUCGUUAUAUUGAAGGAGAUCCCUUAAAUAUCCCUAGCGAUUAUGUGGAUAAGAUCGUCAAAAAUGUAAAUAAAUUGUCUCUAUUCAAGUAUUUUAAGUUUCAUUGUAAGGAUAAUUAAUUAUGUAAAAUAUAAAUCUUAAAAGUAAAAUCACACAAUAAUAGUGUAAAUAAAUGUAAUUUUAAUUCGGUAU